GAAUAAUUUUGCAUAGAAAUGACUAAGUCAAGUUGAUUUCCAUCCUUCGACAUUUAAGACAUUUACUUAAACCAUUUAGGAAAGCAAUAGUUUAUUCCAAUGAUGUCAUCAUUAACUGAAAUUUGCUCUGGUCUGCCUCUUGAUCCUCUACCGCAACGACAAGCACGAGACGAGACGAUACCACAUGCACCGAAACGCAACACGAAUCUUACAGAAGCAGAGAAAAUUCUAGCAGUAAAGAAUGCUCUACGCUACUUUCCUCCUCAAACACAUAAAGAGCUAACGGAAGAUUUUGUCGACGAGCUGAAUAACUAUGGGCACAUAUACAUGUAUCGCUUUCGACCACUUUUAGAAAUGAAAGCUUACAACAUCAACGAGUAUCCAUGCAAAUGUCAAAAUGCUGCGGCCAUUAUGCUGAUGAUCAUGAACAAUCUCGAUCCAAAAGUCGCCCAGUUUCCUCACGAGUUGGUCACAUACGGAGGUAAUGGUCAGGUGUUUUCCAACUGGGCGCAGUUCCGUAUAGUGAUGCAUUACUUAUCAAUUAUGACCAAUGAACAGACUCUGGUCAUGUAUUCCGGACAUCCUUUGGGACUCUUCCCCAGUUCCCCAUCAAGUCCUCGCGCCGUUAUCACGAACGGCAUGAUGAUCCCAAACCAUUCCAGUAAAGAGAACUACGACAAACUGUUUGCGUUAGGUGUGACAAUGUAUGGUCAAAUGACAGCUGGUAGUUAUUGUUACAUUGGUCCACAGGGUAUUGUACAUGGUACAAUGCUUACUGUACUUAACGCAGCCAGGCGUCAUCUCCAUACCUCCCAGUUGGCUGGACGUGUCUUUGUUACUUCCGGUUUGGGAGGAAUGAGGGCCCAGGCCAAAGCAGCAACGAUAUGCGGUUGCAUUGGAGUGAUUGCGGAGAUAAACAAAGAUGCCUUGCAUAAAAGAUAUCGUCAAGGAUGGUUGAUGGAAGUAACAGAUGAUUUAGAAGAAUGUAUUGAAAGAAUAAAAAAAGCCCGGAAGGACAAGAAAGCCUUAAGCCUUGGCUAUCAUGGAAACGUUGUAGAUCUUUGGGAGCGACUUGCCAAGGAAGACGAAAUGUUGGUAGAACUAGGAUCGGAUCAAUCAUCGUUACAUAAUCCAUAUAAUGGAGGAUAUUAUCCAGUAGGAAUGUCUUUGAAUGAAGCAAACAAAUUAAUGAAUACUAAGCCAGACGAGUUUAAGAAGGCAGUUCAACAAAGCCUAAAACGACACGUGCUGGCGAUCAAUACAUUAUCCGGUCGGGGAAUGUUCUUCUUUGACUACGGGAAUGCAUUUUUAUUGGAAGCCAGAAGAGCCGGCGCGGAUGUCGUCAAAAAGGACGGGACAUUUCGUUAUCCUUCUUACGUACAAGACAUCAUGGGUGACAUAUUUUCCCUUGGAUUCGGUCCAUUCCGAUGGGUUUGCACCUCUGGAUUGGAGGAAGACUUACAAGAAUCAGACAAAAUUGCUGCAGAUGUUUUGCAAAGUCUAAAAGGAGAAGUUGCUGAAGAGGCGAAACCGCAAUACGUAGACAAUAUUGAAUGGAUUAAAAAUGCUCAUGACAACAAACUUGUCGUUGGUUCCCAAGCACGUAUCUUGUACGCUGAUCGAAAAGGACGAGUUUCAAUUGCUGUUGCGCUCAACAAAGCUAUAAAGAACAAAAGAAUUAAAGCUGCCAUCGUGAUAAGUCGCGAUCAUCAUGACGUCAGCGGUACGGACAGCCUUUAUAGGGAAACAUCAAAUAUUUAUGAUGGUUCGAAGAUUUGUGCCGACAUGGCCGUUCAAAAUGUGAUUGGUGACUCAUUUCGCGGUGCAACCUGGGUAAGCUUACACAACGGUGGCGGAGUGGGCUGGGGGGAAGUCAUUAAUGGAGGCUUUGGUUUGGUGCUAGAUGGCUCAGAAGAAGCUGAAAAUCGCGCUAAAAUGAUGUUGUCAUGGGAUGUUUCUAAUGGAGUCGCAAGACGAUGCUGGAGCGGAAAUGAAAAUGCCAAACUCACCACAGAAAAAGCUAUGGCCGCUGACCAACUGCUCAAGGUCACCGUUCCAUUUGCAGUAGAAAAUGAAGAUGUUAUUAAAAGGGCAAUGAACAGCAACUAAAUAAGCUAUGCACACAAGCGCGAUUACUCUUGAUAAAGAAUAGACAAAACAACCUUAAAGAUAAGAACUUGAAAACUCCAAAGAUUUUUGCACUUGAAAAAACCCAUCAAAACAUCCGAUAAAGAUCUCGAGAGCUUUCCAGGUGUCAUUGUAACAUUAACCAAUGUUUUUUCUUCCAUUGACGCAAAGUUUUGAGAACAAGAUACGAAGUUUUGAAAUAUAAACCAGUAAUCGCACGUUUCAAAAGGAUAUAAAAUAAAGUUGAGCUUAACUCUUUUCAUAAAAGUUUGUCAUACGUACGAAGACACUGCCGAAAAAUGAAAGGUUUCGCCAUAUUUCUUUUUGCUGUUGUUUCCUUCGCGAUGCUGCACAGUAGCAAUAGCUUUGCGGUAAGAAAUUCCUCCUUUACAUUUGUCGUCACGCUUUCUUCAAUGUUUACAGGGAUUUUUUAACUCAUCACACAACACACUAAAGUAAAAUAUUUCUCUCCCCUUCUGAAGCUGAUAAGAAUGAAAUACGAACGUCUUCUCUAUUUGACAAGACGUGGGCGCUGUGUGCCCAUAGGAAAGUACUGCGAACUGAGAACAGAUUGUUGUUUGAGGCCUGGAAAGAGAUAUCUCAGAUAUACAUGUCCUGUGACGAGAAAUAGACCGCAAGACAGAUAUUGCCAAUGAAGAGAAAAGAUGUUUGCAAAAAAGAGCUCGGACGGACGCAAAAGACUGAACACUGAAUAAUACAUAGAAUAAUCGUAAACUGUUCAUUGUAGAGUUGUAUUUAGCGCGUUUACUAAUUAUAUUUAAUUGUUUGGCAUAGUA